CACCCACACUGAUUAGGACGAUUCACCAAUUUUCUUAUUUGACGAGUCAAUCUGCGUCAUAGAAUAUUAUAUUUUGUAGGCAUUUUCCACGUGCUGUGAGUCCCGAACCUGCCGUUGUGAACAUGUUGACCUGACUUUCCAUUUUAUCUUCACGACUACUUUAGCCUGUUGACCGGUAACACUCGUGACCUUGACAUUAUAUAUGUUAUCCCGUGUACUGUUCGUCUGAAGCGAUGGCCGGUGCGAGCGAUCAUGAGGAUUUUUUCGAGGGAACCGAGAAGUUACUUGAAGUAUGGUUUUCGUCAUCCUCCGAUAACGAACAACAUGAUCUGAGGAAUAUAGACAGGAAGGACUGGGAGGACCUGCUACACAUUGUCAGAUGUGAAAUCCUGAGUAAGAUGUCUAACCCUGACAUGGAUGCCUACGUCCUCAGUGAGAGCAGCAUGUUUGUGACCAAGGAGCGAUUUAUCCUGAAAACGUGUGGGAAGACCACCCUUCUACUGGCCAUCGAGCCCCUACUCAGACUGGCCAAAAACAAGUGUGGGCUGGACAUCGUGUUUGACAUAUUCUAUUCGAGGAAGAAAUUUGCCCGGCCAGAGCAACAACAUAUCAUCCAUCGCACAUUUGAAGAUGAGGUCAGUCACCUGGAUAAAGUCUUUAAAAAUGGAGCAGCCUACACCCUGGGACGCAUUAACAGAGACUGCUGGCAUCUGUACACACUGGACGAGGAAGGCGUUACUCUACCCGACCAAACAGUGGAACUGCUAAUGUGGGAUAUGUGUCGUGAGAAGAUGGCCAUUUUUACCCAAGAUGUUUCUAAGACAGCUGCUCAAGCCACCAAGGAAUCCGGUAUAUCUGAUAUUGUUCCAGGAGUUCAAAUUGAUGACUUCCUGUUUGAGCCUUGCGGGUAUUCCAUGAAUGGUCUAUUGCCAGGGGGUUACUACAUCACCAUCCAUGUGACUCCCGAGCCUCACUGUUCCUACGUCAGCUUUGAAACCAAUGUUCCCCAGGAAUCGUACCACACACUGAUCAACAAGGUACUGGCCACCUUUAGGCCGGGCAAGUUUCUCAUGACCGUCUUUGCUAACAAGGCGUCGCUGGCCAAAGACAACCAUAAGGAGAUGGCAAAGAAAGAUGUCAAAGGUUAUGUCCGCAAUGACCACCAGCUCUGCUUCUUCAAGAACUACAAUCUGACCUAUUCGUUCUUCACUCGGCCUGUUAUCUAGGAUUUAGCCUGCGGGAGGCUCUCUCUAGCUGUCCCCAGCCUGUCGACACUCCACCCUGUAUGUGCCCAGUGUUCCAAUGAGAGACUUCCCCCGUUACCUAGCAGCAUGUGUGCUGUGUUUACUUCAGUGUUAAUUAUUGCAGAUAUGUGUGUUGAUGAUAUAGUGUUUUUGUGGAUAACUAGAAAAAAUAGAAAGAAAUAUAGACUCUUUUUCUCCUUUCUUACACGGAAACUGAGAUAAUUUGUUCUUCGUGGAAAAUUGUAAUUUUAGUUGAAUUCUUAAUCCAUUUUAUGAGCUCUGUGAGCUUCUAUUCUUGCCUGAUUAUGACUGUGUGUCAAUGUAUUUAUGGAAGAAAGUUCUUCAAAACUUAAUGAAUUGCUCAAAGUACAACACAAGAAAGUAUACAUACUGAAAAUCAUUUACCGUUUUUAUCCUGCAAUAAGCCCACAGGGCCAACACAUAAUCUCUGACUCAAAAACAGAGGGGUGGACUUAUUACAGCACAAUGACAUAGCAUUUGCUAGCAUUUCUACUGCAGCAUCUCUACUGCACUGUAGUAAAAUUGGGUGGGCUUAUUACAAGGCGUAAGAUUAUUGCAAGAUGGAUAUGGUUUAUUCCAUGGGAUUUUAAUCUUGAAGUGAUUAAUUUUGGGAGGAGAGAUGAUGAUAUGUUGAAUUAUAUUGUGAACAUUUUAAUCCUUGAACGUAAUUAAGCAAGGAACCUCAGUUUUCUCCCAAAGCUGUUUUAGCGUAACAGUACCGUUAGACAUGAAUUUUGAGCUGCUACCAAUCACUAUUUCACUGUUACGCAUGCAUUUGACCGUUACUCAUUUAGAGGUAUAUAAUGACACAAAUACAACUUGUUAAAUUGAAGUAUCUUGGAUAGGCAGUGUUGCAUUCUGAUGUUGUGUUUUUCGUCUCACUUUAUACAGAGUUGUAGCCCAUUGUUUAUUUUUCAAACUUUUUGGUUUUAUUUUGAGUUGAAUAUGUGCGAAGGGAAGUAAACCUUGUGCAGAAAUUUUUUAGAAGGCAAGGUAAGAUAGGAGCGCAGUGUCAUACUCCUUUGGCUAUGUAAGUAAAUUACACUAGGUUUUCCUAUUUUAACACAUCAAUGAAAUAAUUAAAACAGAUCUCAGUAAUACUAAAUGUAGUCGUUUUCUUAAUACAUUUCAAUAAUUUGGUAUGAGUAGAUAGAAGAGUUAAUUGUCAGUAAGACCCAUUGUUUUACAAUGAAUAUAAAUGGAUGUUUCCUAGCAAGCUACAGGCAUAUCUUGCUCCGUCUCGGCAGUACCUUUGUUAUAUUAAAACCAAGAGUUUGAAUUGGUAGUUAUUUUAAAACAAUUUUAAAGCUGAAAUGUCAUUGCUAAACUGGUCAGAUAUGUAAAAUAAAUGCCUUGCCAAUUCAAAACAACAAAGGUAAUGUUUUACAGCCGAGGUUAGAUUUCACAACUUUAUUUUUACAAAGAAUAGGAGACAGAAAUAAAGAGACAAGUUUUAAAAGGAAUGUUUUAAUUUGAGGUGUUAGUACAUUAAUUUAUUUAAGGUUGCAUAGAGAUGUCUUGUAGAUCAUAAUUUUGAUUGUGCUAAUAAUAUGAGUGCUUGUACACUAUAAUAAAACAAUAUGAAUCCUACACAUAAGACUUCUUGAGAGAACAUUUACGAACAUUAUCCUUGGCUGGAUUUGUAGAUUUUCCCCGAGCCCCUUACAUUGCUAGGUAUUGCAGUCUACUGGAUCCCUAGAAUAUCCGAUGUAAACUUUAACAAAGGAACCUUCAGGAAACAUGCUUAAUGUACUGUAGACGGUAAACAGGAAAGUGUUAAAUUGUAGCUCCGAUUUGUCUGAAUUUUACUUUGUUUUUGUUGUUAUUUUUUUGGUUUUUUUUGUUUUUGUUUUCUGUUCUUUGACAGAAGUAACAUUUAAGGCAUCAUUUGAUCUUACUAAUCUUUAAGGGUGGUCGGAUGGUGCAGUGUAUAGCGCACUUGCCUUUCACCAAUGCGGCCGGGGUUUGAUUCCCGUCCAGACCUGAAAAGGUAUGGGGUCGACUGCCCAACCACAUGAAGUUUCUCUGGGUCCUCCAGUUUCCUCCCUGCGCGCUAACACCCCGCGGGGCCAACAAGAGUCACUUAUAUAACUUGUUUCAUAAUUUUUGUAAAAUAAAUGAAAUUUAUAAUAACCUGUACAGGUAUUUUUGUGGUAGGUAUGGAAUCGUUUCACCAUACUAACUUGUACAUGGUGAACAUGACAGGUUUAUUUGGUUUAUUGCUACUGUUAUUAAACCACUUGUUAUUUCUGGAAACCUUAUCAUCAGGCGAGUAAUUUAAUUUAUCAACUUAUUUAGAUGAAAUUUCUAAAAAGAAUGUUUUUGAAGCAAAUGGAUUUGUACCAAGUCUGGGCAAUUUGGAAUAGCUACUGUAUAUAAACUGGUUACCUGCCCUUUGACUAGCAGGUAUUUUUAUAGGUACCAGAUAUCUAUCUGUCAAAAUGUCCAAGUCCGAUGUCAGGGCCAGAGGAAACUCCCGCUAACCUUUGACUUGCCCGUUGUUUGACAGUGCAAGUAGGUCAGCAUUGAUGUUAAUGAUAAUAAUAUUAAUUAAAGUUAGGGAAGGUGAAUUAUAGUACAUUGCACUGAAAAGGACAUACUCAUCAUCAGGUAAUUGCUAACUUCUCUUUUUUUGUUAUAAAAAUUGUUUUACUAAAAUUAAUUACCAGGUAUAGAUUAUGACAGUAAUUUUAUUAAGAUAUAAAUGGAAGAUCGUAACAUUUAACAUUGGGAAUUUUAGAGUGAUCAUGUACAAUUGUUGAUUAUUUGCUUAACGUAAGAUUUAUUGAAUAAAAAGAAUUAC